GAUAACAUCUACUAACCGCAAAAAAGUGGUUACAAGAAUUGAAAAGAUUAUGGCUAAUGUUACCAAGAAACCUAAGUAUCAAAUCCUGUAUGGUAUAAGAAUUCCAACCGGUUUCUCUUUUAAACAUUUCACUGAAGCACUGAAUUAUAAACCAAAGAGAGAUGAUGUUUUUAUUGUCACUUAUCCAAAAUGUGGGACAACGUGGAUGCAAACCAUUAUCUUGUACAUUUUUCGGAAAGGUCGUGAACUAGAUUGCCAAGAAGAUUUCCACAAACUAUGUCCUUUCCUUGAUGCAGUGGGAACAGAAGCGAUAUUUGCUAUGCCAAGACCUGGCGCGUUGAAGACUCAUCUUCCUUAUUCACUCAUGCCAUAUUCCGCUGCUGCCAAAUACGUCUUCGUUGCGCGAAAUCCUAAAGACUGCUGCACAUCCUUAUAUUACCAUACUAUAAGUAAACCUGGAUUUGAGUACGGAGAUGCUGAAUUCGAGGAUUUCUUCGAACUUUUCAUGGGUGGCGAGGUAAUAUAUAACGAUUAUUUUGACCAUUUAAUGUCAUGGUAUCCUCAUCGUAAUGAAAGCAAUAUAUUUUACAUCACGUACGAGGAUAUGAAGAGAAAUACGGAAGAGGUAAUUAUUAAAAUUGCCAAAUUCCUUGGCAAGGAAUAUAUCGAUGCAAUUGAACAGGAUAGUACAGUCUUGCGGAAUAUUUCGAAAUUUAGUAGUUUUGAGUAUAUGAAGACAUAUAUUCCAAUAUCAGAAGCUCGAGAAGCUCGCAAGUGGAACCUUGUCAGAAAAGGAAUAGUUGGAGAUUGGCGGAAUCAUUUUUCGGAAGGCCAAUCAAAGAGACUUCAAGAGAAGUUUUUAUAUAGAACAAAAGGUACAGAGAUCCAGAAAUGGUUUUUAACAGAAUAAAAAUGCAAUUUACGAUAUUAAAAAUAUCAUUCUUUCCUUGUUCUGUGAAGUAAACCUUGUUUCCAUUUUUACUGAGUAGAAAUUUAAUUCCAGUGGAAUUGAAAAAAAAUAUUUUGACUUCUUUUUAAAUUUUUUCUUUGAAAUAUGUAAUAACUCCAAAGCAUAAAAUAUAAAUGUUUUGUUGAAUGUGUAUUGUGAUUCAACCGAAAUGUACUAAUUUAUUUAAGAUUAAUUUUUUAUUCAAAUUUUUAUUAUUAAACAUUUUAGCUAUUA